AUGCCAAGGAAACCAAAGUAUAUCCCAAAAGAUUAUGAGAAUGAGUAAAGAGUGAUUGAAUAAAUAAAGAAAAAGAAAAGAUUAAAUUACAUGGUAGUUGUUCCUAUCAACUAUAAUUUUGUUAGCGAAUAUAAAUUUUGCUUUUCUGGAGACUUGGUUAUAAAUUUAAAGUGGUUUAGUGAAAAGAAUUUGCGAUUAAGCGAAAGUUAUGAUCAGUCAUUCAAAGGAAUUAAACAACUAACAAAUUUGAUUAAUGAAUAACUUAUAGAGUGUGAAUACUACUCAAAAGCAUUUCAAGUCAACGAUUAUCAGCCUAUAAUAUUUUCUCUUGAAAGUAUUUCUUCUUAAAGUACUGAGUAAUUAAUCAAUCGCCUUAAAUAAGCACAAGAAAAGUGCUAUUAUUAGAAAAUACUCGCAAAUCAACUCUUUAAAAGAGGAAUAAAUUUAUAGUAAUGCUAUGUUCAAGCGAAGCAAAAAGCGAAUUAGAUAUUAAGUUAAUUUAAUACUUUAAACCUUCCAAUUACUUAUGCUAUUUAGUAGUACAAUCCUUAAUUCAAUUAACUAGAGAAAACUUAUAAUGGUGCAAAUUAUCAAUUUUAUAAGAUAUAUACUGAUCAAAGCAACUCAGUAGAUAGAGUUCGUAACAAAACAACUUCCUUUUACAAUUCUAUAUCAGACAUGUGUCUUCUCCAAGAUCCAUAUACAAUCGAAGAUGAUGCUAGAGAAAUGGUUGUUACAACAGUAGAUGGUGUUCUCAUGAAAGUUCUUAACUUGCAGAAGAAUAUUUUUAUUCUUCCAUUUUAUUUUUUCAUAUUAAAAAUCAGAAUUGUAAUUUUUGAUUCAGAAGAUUUACAAAAGUUGAACCAAUAUCGAAAAACUAAUGUACUUUAAUUUCCUCUAUAGCAAGGAUUUGAAAAAGAAGAAUUAAUUUAUUAAACAAAAUCUUCGCAAGAACCUGAUUACAUUGAUUACUCUCCAAAUUACGAUACAAAAGGAUACUUCACAAUUUAGCAUUAAUCCUAUUUAUAAAACUAUUUACAGAAAAACUCUGAUGACGAAUCAUAUUCUGAAAACCUCAUUUUACCUAUUAAAAACUCAGAAAAUUUGAUAAUAGUACAAAGCAAAAAAUUCGAAUCUAUUUGGACAAAUUCCUCAGAAUCAAAUUAGCAAGAAAAUCUUCAAAAAAAAUCUUCUAAAGUUUUAGAUUUUAAUAAUUCUUUUAGAGUUGAGAUGGCAAAACCAUCUAUCCACGAUGAAACUAUUAGUGAUUUGCAAAUCGAAUCUACUUAAGUCUUAUUUAGCGAAACAUAAAAUAAAUACUUUUAUGACGUUGUUCCCAUUCUUAAAUAGAUUCCAAAUAAAGAAUACACGCAGCCCAAUAUAUCUAAUUAGAAUGAAAUGUAAAAAUUCAUCUCUAAAUUCUAUCCCAACGCUAUCCUUUAAAAUAAAGUUUUGAACUAUCAAGUUGAUUGA